GGGGACGGCUAGAGACUCACUGACUCAUGCGUGUGUGGUAGGAAUCUUCCAGGAAGUCCCUGUCCCGUUCGCCCUCUCUGCCUGGGCGGGGACAGCAACUGCCUCUGUCACCGCAGGCUAACGGGACGGAGGGGGGUGACUUCUCAGGGUUCCUCCUGGGCAGGUGCUCCGGAACCUUUUCUCAGCACGCUGGCCUGGGGCACGGCUGUUCCUCCUGCCCAGCCACGUUGGGGUACAGGGUGAAGAAGGAUUGGGCCAGCCCAGGACAGAGGAAGGUGAGGCAGGCACGCAGGAACUGGGCUUUUUAAACACUUGAACCCAAGGAAAUCGUAGCAUCGCGGGACAGGGAAAAUGAAAGACUUUGGAAGUUGUCAGGAAUUUGACUCUGUGAGUUGGUUUCCAAGAGUCUAAGUUAAGCAUCUCCAAGUGGAUAUUAAAAAGGAGCAGCAAGCCUCGGGGCGGCGGGGGCUGGAGGAGGUGGAGAGAGGAGGCUGCCGGAAGCCGCACUCGGGACCUCUGCAGCCACCGACCAGACCGGGCGGCCGGGACUCUGGGACUCUCGCAGGCAGACCCUGGGGGCUGCCGGACUCCUCGGGGCCCACCUCGGGCCCUCUCUCCUGCCUCCUAUUUUUGGAUUUCUCUCCUUUGCUCCCUUUUUCCUCCCGUUUUGAAGAGACAAUGCUACUUCAGUUUGGAGCACAAACAUAUGAUCAGCACAUGGAAAUGUGGUAAUUCGGAUGCAUUCGUGAUUGCAACAGAUUGAAGAAAUUAGACCAGACAAAGAGUGUUUUUAGAGGAGGAGGAGGAGGAGGAGGAGGAGGAGGCGGCUGAGAGAGGGAGGGCGACGGGGGUGAGAAAGGGGAGGCCGCCUCUGAGCGGGACGCCGGGACUCCCGCCGCUGCUAAAUAUAUCCGUAGGAAUGGAGAGGGACCGGAUCUCAGCCUUGAAAAGAUCUUUUGAGGUCGAGGAGGUCGAGACACCCAACUCCACCCCACCCCGGAGGGUCCAGACUCCCCUACUCCGAGCCACUGUGGCCAGCUCCACCCAGAAAUUCCAGGACCUGGGCGUGAAGAACUCAGAGCCGUCGGCCCGCCACGUGGACUCCCUAAGCCAGCGCUCCCCCAAGGCGUCCCUGCGGAGGGUGGAGCUCUCGGGCCCCAAGGCGGCUGAGCCGGUGUCCCGGCGCACUGAGCUGUCCAUUGACAUCUCGUCCAAGCAGGUGGAGAACGCCGGGGCCAUCGGGCCGUCCCGGUUCGGGCUCAAGAGGGCUGAGGUGUUGGGCCACAAGACGCCAGAACCGGCCCCUCGGAGGACGGAGAUCACCAUCGUCAAACCCCAGGAGUCAGCCCACCGGAGGAUGGAGCCCCCUGCCUCCAAGGUCCCCGAGGUGCCCACUGCCCCUGCCACCGACGCAGCCCCCAAGAGGGUGGAGAUCCAGAUGCCCAAGCCUGCUGAGGCGCCCGCCACCCCCAGCCCAGCCCAGCCAACCCUGGAGAAUUCAGAGCCCGCCCCCGUGUCUCAGCUGCAGAGCAGGCUGGAGCCCAAGCCCCAGCCCCCUGUGGCUGAGGCUACACCCCGGAGCCAGGAGGCCACUGAGGCGGCUCCCAGCUGCGUUGGCGACAUGGCCGACACCCCCAGAGAUGCUGGGCUCAAGCAGGUGCCUGCACCACGGAAUGAGAAGGCCCCGGUGGACUUCGGCUACGUGGGGAUUGACUCCAUCCUGGAGCAGAUGCGCCGGAAGGCCAUGAAGCAGGGCUUCGAGUUCAACAUCAUGGUGGUCGGGCAGAGCGGCUUGGGUAAAUCCACCUUAAUCAACACCCUCUUCAAAUCCAAAAUCAGCCGGAAGUCGGUGCAGCCCACCUCGGAGGAGCGCAUCCCCAAGACCAUCGAGAUCAAGUCCAUCACGCACGAUAUUGAGGAGAAAGGCGUCCGGAUGAAGCUGACAGUGAUUGACACACCAGGGUUCGGGGACCACAUCAACAACGAGAACUGCUGGCAGCCCAUCAUGAAGUUCAUCAACGACCAGUACGAGAAAUACCUGCAGGAAGAGGUCAACAUCAACCGCAAGAAGCGCAUCCCAGACACCCGCGUCCACUGCUGCCUCUACUUCAUCCCCGCCACCGGCCACUCCCUCAGGCCCCUGGACAUCGAGUUUAUGAAACGCCUGAGCAAGGUGGUCAACAUCGUCCCUGUCAUCGCCAAGGCUGACACACUCACCCUGGAGGAGAGGGUCCACUUCAAACAGCGGAUCACCGCAGACCUGCUGUCCAACGGCAUCGACGUGUACCCCCAGAAGGAAUUUGAUGAGGACUCGGAGGACCGGCUGGUGAACGAGAAGUUCCGGGAGAUGAUCCCAUUUGCUGUGGUGGGCAGUGACCACGAGUACCAGGUCAACGGCAAGAGGAUCCUUGGGAGGAAGACCAAGUGGGGCACCAUCGAAGUUGAAAACACCACACACUGUGAGUUUGCCUACCUGCGGGACCUUCUCAUCAGGACGCACAUGCAGAACAUCAAGGACAUCACCAGCAGCAUCCACUUUGAGGCCUACCGUGUGAAGCGCCUCAAUGAGGGCAGCAGCGCCAUGGCCAACGGCGUGGAGGAGAAGGAGCCAGAAGCCCCGGAGAUGUAGACGCCGCCCUGCCCACCCCCGGGAUCCUGCCCCCAAGUCUUUUCUGUCCCCCCCAGGCCCUCCCACUGCCCCAUUUUAUUUUAUAUGAUUUUCUCCAUUUGUCAUCGUUCCCCACCCCUUCGACAUGCUGCCAGGAAACUAGGGAAGGGGCCUCCCUCCGAGUGAGUCAGUGAUGAGCCCGCAGCGUCCCCGAGGUUGUGGGGAGGCUGCGCUGGAGCCAGAAGCAGGGGUGAGAGCACCCACUGAAUUGACGUGACCCUCCGUCCCCAGGCCUGGCUCCCUGAGGGCUCAGAAGAGCAGCUUCGGUGUGCAGAUCAUCCGUCCGUGUGGGGUUCUCAGUGCCGGAGGCCUCGGGGUGGGGGCCAGGCCUCGCACGUGCAGAGGGGCCCAGUGGGCUGCAUGCUCCCCUCCAUCCCCAUCGGCCCUGUCCCCUGGAGUGUGUCAGAGCCCAGGGGAGAAUGGAGCCCACCAGGGGCACCUGGACCCCCUGCCCGCCACAUGGCGUGGCCAUCACUCAGCCCCCACCCCUGCCCUGCUCCUAAGGGUAGAAAAUUCCAGGGUCCCCUGCCACCGACUGCCCAGCCACUCCAAGCCCCCUGGCAGCCGCCCCUCCUGGAGCAGAAAGUGCCUUUAUCUCAGCCAUCCGCAGGCUGCUCGGCCAGAUGCGGGGACAGGCUGGAAUGAGGGAGGCGUCUUCAUCUCCCUGCCAUCCCCCCUCACACCACCCCCUCCCAACGGGCUGCAGGUGCUGCUGAUGCGCUGGGAUCUGACUGAGGAUAAAAAGGAAGGAGAGAUGACCCCUACCCCCUCAUCCCCCAGUUUUGAAAAGGUCCAAGCAAGUGAGUCUAGUGGAGGAGCUGAGGGAGGGAGCCAUGGAAGGUGCCAGAAGGAAGGCUGGCAGGGGCACAUGUGGGCUGUGGCUUGGGCUGGUCAGAGUGGCCUGAGCUGCCCGGCGCCUGCCCCGCCCAAGUGACCAGGGAAGUGUGUGUGUGUCCAUGUGUAUGCGUGUCCGUCUGUCUAGUGUCUGGGUUUGGCCCAAGACUGGGCUGUGGUUACAUUAAUGCCCAGCCAGCCUCCCCGGCCACUCACCCCUCCUGGCUUAGGCCUUGCUACUUUCUGACCUGGGGAGGUGGGAGGCCAGGUGAGCCUGACUCUGUUGUCCUACCCGUGCCUGGGCCCCUCCCCUCAGAGCCCAUGGUAACGAACCCCUAGAAAGGAGAGACCAGGCGUCUGGGGUGCACGGUCCACAGUGAGCUGAAGAGCGAGGUUUCAUGGCAGCACGGCCCAGCCCCUCACCCUCUGUCCCUAUGAGGGGACCCGUGGGGGCUGUCUUUGCAGGGCACAGAUGACCAAAGUCCCUUCCUGCUUCCUGUUCCCUGUCUUGCUCCGGGGGAGAAAGAGGGGCCGGAUGAGACUCCACUCAGGUGCACACAUCACCGGGUGCAUCUGCAGGCACCGGCUGGCUGCUUGCAGCCAGGAGAAGGUCAGCGAGAGGGAGUGUAUGAGUGUGAGUGUGUGUGCAUGGAAGUUGGGGCACUAGGUGUCUGACUCCCUCCCCACCCAAGAGAGGAAGGACCCCUCACCACCUGCACUGGCGAGACAGUUUACUUUGCCAACUUGCCAUGUUUUUGCCAAAACCAAGAUUUUGAAGGAAAUGAGUGGCCAGCUCCAGGGCCCAGGCCAUGUGGCCCGCCCAGCCUCAAUGUCACUUGGUGGUGGGGUGGGGUGGGGGGUGGGCAGCAGCAUCCCAGCCUUGAGAUGCUUCACUUUCCUUCUCUGUAACCAGACUUCGAAAAAUUGUUCGUUUCAUCAGGCUCUGUUCCUCAAUGGCCUUUUGCUACGUGCCUCCCGAGAAAUUUGUCUCUUUUUGUAUAAAUGACAAAGUGUUGAAAAUGUAUUUCCUGAAAUAAAUGUUUCAAAUGCAGAAACCCA